AUGAGUGUCCAACCGAAAUUUCUUACAGGUUAUACCUAUGAUGACCUGAUGCUUAAGCAUGAGUGUCCAUGGUCAAAAGAACAUCAUGAAAAUCCUCGUCGUUUAUCAUCGAUCCUUGAUCGCUGUCGAGAAUUGAAUUUAUUUGAUCGUUGUCAUUUUGUGAAGUCAACAAAGGCGUCGGAUGACGAUAUUCUACUAUAUCAUAAUAAAAAUCUUUUGCAAAACAUAUCGAGUGCACCGGUUAAAAACAUCGAACAAUUGAAAGAAUUCUGCCAAUCAUAUGAUGAUGUGUACAUGAACGAAUAUUCAUUUGAAGCUGCUAAAUUAGCAAUUGGUGGUUCACUCAACCUGUUAGAUAGUAUUAUGACAGAUCAGUGUCGUAAUGGUUUUGCUAUGGUUCGUCCGCCUGGUCAUCAUGCAAUGGCAAAUGAAAUGAAUGGUUUUUGUUUAUUUAACAACGUUGUUAUAACGGCGAAAACUGCUAUCGAAAAAUAUAAUUUACAAAGAGUUUUAAUUCUUGAUUGGGAUGUACAUCAUGGUCAAGGUACACAAUAUGCUUUUUAUGACACGAAUAAAGUGUUGUACAUCUCGACACAUCGAUAUGAUUAUGGUAAGUUUUGGCCACAAUUGGCUGAAUCAGAUUUUGAUCACAUUGGUGACGGUGAUGGACGAGGGUACAAUGUGAAUAUACCAUUGAAUAAAACCGGAUUGAAAAAUGCCGAUUAUCUGUACAUAUUUUUUAAUAUUAUUCUUCCAAUUGCUUAUGAAUACGAUCCUGAUUUGGUGCUUGUUUCUGCUGGAUAUGAUGUAGCAUUAGGUUGUCCAGAAGGGGAAAUGAAUAUUACACCUGAAGUAUUCGCACAUUUAACACAUUAUUUGAAAGGUUUAGCGGAUGGAAAAGUAAUGGUGCUUCUCGAGGGUGGUUAUUGCCUUGAAACCUUAGCUGAAAGUGCUGCAUGGACACUGCGAUCCUUGCUUGGUGACCCAUGCCCUCCACUACAAGCGUGUACAAAUCCUGAUCUAAUAGUGAAAAAAACGGUCGCCUGUUGUAAAAAUGUUUUGAAAGACUACUGGCAAUCAAUACGAAUUGAUUCAACGGAAGGAAGUGAAGUUUGGAUUAAGGAAGCAAAGCAAAAACAAUCAUUGAAUCCUAUGUUUGAUAAUCAAAAUCGACCUACAAAAUAUGAUUUAACUCCAACGCUCGUCCAACGAACAGACCAAGAAAAACAACGCGUCGCUGAGAUGGUCAAACAUGUGUUAGAAAUGACACCGCAUGUCAGACCAUUGGAAAGAGGAGCAACACUUCUCGUUUAUGAUGAAUUAAUGAGAAAAUUUUCUGUAAACAAUCAUUGCGAACGACCUGGCCGGAUUGUAGCUAUCUGGAAAGGCCUGAAAAGUCGUGGUCUCGAUAAACGUUGUACCAUGAUUCCAAGUCGUAUGGCAACAAAAGAAGAAAUUUUACUUGUACAUAAUCGAGAUUUCUAUGAUGAUUUGGAAACGACCAAAACAGCAACCAGACGAGAAUUGCAGACGCGUGAAGGAAAAGUUCGUUCCGUCGAAUACACCAAUGAACUAUUCGAUAAUGCUCUUCUCGCCGCUGGUUCCUGUUUAAACAUGGUUGAUGCAAUUAUGAAUAAUCAAGGACGCAAUGGUUUUGCUAUUAUUCGACCACCUGGUCAUCAUGCACACUCAGGUUUGGAUUACGGAUUUUGUUACUUUAAUAACGUCGCAAUUUGUGCAAGAUAUUUGCAAAAGAAUUAUAAUCUACAACGAAUUUUGAUCGUUGAUUUCGAUUAUCAUAUGGGUGAUGGCGUAAAGGACGUUUUUUAUGAAGAUCCAGGAGUGUUGUAUAUUUCUUUACAUUGUGCCGAUGCUUUUCCACCUAACGAAGGUCAUCCGAACGACAGCGGCAAAGACAAAGGACUUGGAUUCAAUAUCAAUCUUGGAUGGUUAGAUUUCGAUCCACCGGCAGUUGAUGCGGAUUAUAUCAAUGCAUUCCAUCAUGUUGUUUUACCAGUUGCUUAUGAAUAUAAUCCUGAAUUUGUAUUAGUUUGUGCUGGUUUUGAUGCUGCUGAAGGUGAUCGAAUCGGCUGGGGAAAAUUAUCCGCAUGUGCGUAUUCUCAUAUGACGCAUAUGUUACUUUCAUUAGCAAAUGGUCGUGUUUUGGAAGUACUUGAAGGUGGUUAUUGUUUACGCCAACUGAAUAUUUGUGGUUCAGCUUGUGUAGCUGCACUUCUUGGCGAUGUACCAGCUCGCUGUUCAGAAAAGUCUGCUAAAUAUCCUCAGGAUGUUGUGUCUGUUCGCACUAUUCAAAUGAUUAAAGACAUCCAUAAACCAUUCUGGACAUCGUUGUACACUGUUCCUAGUCCAGAUGAAAAUUCAAUUGAUGAUUUGGCAAAAGAUUUGGAAAAAACAGCAAAAAUUCAAAAUUAA